AUGGGUUGUUUUCUUCUUCAGUUACUCAUCAUAACAUUUUUCUUUGUUUCGGGUAUCUUGUCCAUCGAACACCAACCUAUUCGUGUUACAAAGAAUCAGGUGCACGUAAUCAACGAUAUCCCCGAUAGUCCUGAACCAUUGCGGGUUCGUUGCACUUCUCUUGAUAUUGUUGCUGACCUGCAUACCCUAAAAAAAGGUCAGGAACUCAAUUGGACAUUCGGGCCAGACGCCUCUGGAAGUGCUGUCUACCCCUGUCACUUCUACUGGCAAUCGAAAAACAAACUUUUUAAUGUGUACGAUGGACGCGUGCGCCAAUAUUGCAGACUUCCAGUCCCUAACGUGUAUGCUUGCUAUUGGUCGGCAAGACCUGACGGUUUUUAUGUCAGUAAUGAUGAGUCAAGUUGGAAGAAAAUAUAUGGCUGGGGUUGA